UGGAAGCAAAACCAAAGAAAGAAAAAGAACGCGAAAUCAGAAAGAAAGAGUUCAAGAAAAUGGGUGAAGUUCAUGCUCAGAAAGAACCCGUCACCGCAAAUUCUCCACAACCAACGCCAACACAAACACCUCCCAAACACAAAUGCCCCAGCAUGGCAAACUCACAACCGAUGCACGAUCACGCUGAUCCCACGACAGUGGUGGAGCCCACCGACCUCUUGUCCAUGAUGCACCUCAACAACGGCUGCUGCCACCGUCAGCCGCCCUGCUCCGCGGUCAACAACCCCAUGAAGCGCCGAUCGCCGCCCUCGUGUUCUUUCUCCGGGGAGCCCUCCACCAAGAAGUUAUUUUGUGACCAGGAGGACCUCUCCCAUUACGGCUUCUCCGCCGUCCCCAUUCCGCUCAACCUCAACUCCCUCGUCAACAAGCGCCGCUCCUUCCCCGUCCUCCGCCGCUGCGUUUCCGACCCUUACCACCCUCCGGCUCCGGCGCCUCCCACUCCUGCGGAGAGAGGGUCCGGGCUGCCACCCCUGCCGCCGGGCCUCAGGAGGAGUGUCUCAGAUCUCUCCACACCUUCGCCGAGUCUGAACGCCGAGGAAACCGCAACUCCUGAUUCAGUGAAACUGAGAAGGAUGAAGGAGCGAUUGAAAGAGAUGAGGCAAUGGUGGGAUGAGGUUAUGAAGGAUGAUGAGGAAGAAAAUGUAAGGGAAGAAGAAGAGUGUAUAGCUGCCGAAGAUGAGAAAGUCCUUCCUCAGGAUGAUUUGGGAGCAGGAGAUUCUGAAGAAGCUGUUAGUGUUGAGUGGGCUGAAAAGUGCGUAAGCCUUGGAUUUAGGUGUCCGUGUGGGAAAGGCUACGAGGUUCUCCUCUCAGAAAAUAACUGCUACUACAAGUUGCUCUAACACUCUUUGAACAAUGUAACUCUGUUCAAAAGAAAUGUAUCAUCUUCCAUCAACUAGUAUGUAACUCUGUUCAAAAGAUCAUAAAGAAUGAAUUGUUUCCAUC